AUUAACCACUGGUGGGCUUCCAGUAUCGAGGAAAAUGUGUAAAUAUCUAAUCGUUACUUAAAAUAAUCUGCCAGUUCCUUUGGGAAUUUUCAAAAUAUAUUCAUGUGAAAGAGUUUAAUUGAAUGUUUUCUAUCCAUGUUACACUGUGACCAAAUAUGUUUCUAUCAAGUGCUAUUAACAGGUGGUUAUCGAGUUGGCAUUAACCACUGGUGGGCUUCCAGUAUCGAGGAAAAUGUGGAAAUAUCUAAUCGUUACUGAAAAUAAUCUGCCAGUUCCUUUGGGAAUUGUCAAAAUAUAUUCAUGUGAAAGAGUUUAAUUGAAUGUUUUCUGUGGUAAUGGGUCUGUAAUAUAUCUAUGGUCCGUAUGUGUACGAACAGGAGAGCGGAAGGAGAAUAAAUAUAUAUACACGAGAUUGUAGAAUCGACUACACCGGUGUUUAUUUGAUCGUGUAAUUUUCACAAAUUGGCGACGAUUGUGGGACGAUAAUUUGUAGUGGGUGCAUAGGAUUUCUUCUGGAUUAACAAUCAUCAGCUGAAGGUUGGUGGAAAAAGCUCUCGAUUGACGCUACUGACGCGCAUAUGAAAAGCUCCGCACGGUGAGAGCGAGUGAAACUUCUUCUUGGAAGUGAAAGAGAUAGGCGCAUGUAAGCCUGGAUGAUCUGCGACUUGACAGCAGGGCUCGCGACGAGAAAGCGGUAAGAUCUGCGACUUGACAGCAGGGCUCGCGACGAGAAAGCGGUGAGAUUUGCGACUUGACAGCAACACGGAAAGCUUCGCGACUAGUGAGCGGUGAGCAACAAGAAAGUUUCCGCAACGAGUGAGCGGUGAGAUAUUCUGCUUGGAAAAAGCACACGUUGCCGUGACGAGAAAAGCGAACAAGGUUAUUGAUUGGAUGUAAACAAGUCUGUGAACGAUUGAAAAAUCGGUUUGAUUUAACGAAAAGAGGAUGGAUAAGCUGAAGUGUUUCUCGACCCUACCACCGUUCUCGUACGCGGAUGUGCCGCUGGCCGAACGCCGCAGUAAGUGGCAUGUCUGGAAAAGAGGGUUUGAAAUUUGUCUCCGUGCUUCCAAGGUGACGGAUGCCAUUGAAAAGAAAGAUCUACUGCUUGCUCAAGGUGGGUUCGGUCUUCAGGAGAUAUUUUUUUAACAUUCCUGGAGCGGACGUAGAAGAAGACAAAAAUAACGGUAUCGAUCCGUAUGAGGUGGCAAUCACAAAGCUGGAUUGUUAUUUUGCACCCCAACGCCAUGAAGCGCACGAGCGGUACCUCUUCUGGGCCAUGCAACCUGAGACCGACGAGGGUUUGGAAAAGUUUUUAAUGAGAGUUCAGGUUCAUGCCAGUAAAUGCAAUUUCGGGAUGUCAGCAACCGCAAGCAGUGGCAUUGCGGUGAUCGACAAGAUGCUGCAAUUCGUACCUCCGCCGCUGCGGGAAAAACUUCUCCAAGAUUCCAACUUGAACAUCGAAGAAAUGAUCAAGCAAGUUAACGCACACGAGACCUCACGAUCGGCUAGUGAUCAAAUCAGUGGUAAAAACAUUCUUCAGAAUACACCCAAAGCAACGGAAACAAUGCAAAACAUUCGGGGAUCCUGCAAGUAUUGUGGGCGUUCUCAUGGGCCAGACGCGUGCCCGGCAUGGAAUAAAACCUGCGGGAACUGCCACAAAAAAGGACAUUUUCGAGUCGUUUGCUUUAAUCGUCCUGCCAGGGGACCGGGGAAUUUCGUACCAUCAUCUUAUCCGGCAUCGUCAUCGACCUUCGCGUCAACAACAGGAAAAAAUUCACUGAAGAGAACCCACGUUCAAGCUUCUCCGGCUGCUUGGUAUUCGAGCGGCAGACCUGCACAAAACAAGAUCGCGAGGUAUGCGCGGAAGGUACAUGCUAUCGACGAUGCGGAAGUUGACAACGAAGAGGUCGAACUUGUCGAAAUGGUAUCAUCGGUUCAUGAUUCCGAGGAGUUGGUUUGGGCCAAUGUUGGCGGUGCACUAAUUGAAAUGCAGAUCGAUUCAGGUGUACAGUCAAACAUAAUUGACGAUCAAACCUGGGAUGUGAUGAUUCGUAAUGGAGUACAUACAAUCGGGGGAAAUCAGCAACCAGAUCGGAGAUUCAGAGCGUAUGCACAGAAAGAUUGCCUAUUUGUAACCAACAUGUUUGACGCAGAAAUCUCCAUCUGCGAUGGGUCGAAGCAACUGGAAACGGUAGCACGUUUCUACGUUGUUAAGGAUGGUCCUCAGCCUCUAUUGGGGAAGAACACCGCAAAGCAGCUGGGUGUUUUGAUAGUUGGGCUUCCGAGUAAACAAGAAACAGUUCAACAUGUAGACAUUUCGCGAUCAUUUCCAAGCAUCCGUGGCGUGAAAAUACAUAUCCCGGUUGACAUGUCAGUAGAGCCUGUCGCCCAACGAUUCCGACGAUUGCCUUUCGCAACUCUGCAGCGUGUGGAUGACAAGUUGAAAGAAUUGUUGUCCAAGGACAUAAUAGAACGAGUUGUGGAACCCAGUCGCUGGGUAUCGCCAAUGGUUGUCGUUGUCAAGGACAGUGGUGAUAUUCGACUAUGCAUCGACAUGCGCAAAGUCAAUAAGGCGAUUCUCCGCGAAACCCAUCCGCUUCCGACCAUCGAAGACGUUCGCUGGAAGCUGAAUGGGGCGCUUUUCUUUUCAAGACUGGACAUCAAGGAUGUGUUCUACCAGCUUGAGUUAGACGACGGAAGUAAACCAUUGACGACGUUCAUUACUCACAAAGGUAACUGCGAUUAAUUUGGAUAUAUGAUUACAGAGUUGUUAUGAAAUAAGACUUGUAAGGAUUUUAUUUAUGGUUGUUUAACCAUAACGAGCACAUACUUAAAACUUAUGACAAGGUAGAUAAUACUAGCAUAUUGCUUUAUUUAUUUGCAUGCAAGGUUUAUUCAGAUACAAAAGGCUCGUGUUUGGAAUAUCGUGUGCUCCGGAGAUGUUUCAGAAAGUUCUUGAACAAAUCUUAUCGG